AUGGAAACACCAUUAUGUCACCAGCAUUACGAUGAAUCAACGAUACUUACACUACACGCACAUAUGGAGAGAUCGGAUAGAGUAGGAUGCUGCGAGACCCAAUGCAAAGAACAAAACAAGAAGAACUUCGUAAAGGAAUUAUGGAUUUAUGGAGAGCCUGACAACGUUUAUAUGCACUUAGUUCAAGUGAAGUUAGUUGUUGACAUUUCAGAUGAUAUCUUGCCAUUCCUCCUUAUUUAUUCUUAUGCGGGCGUCAAGCAACGUCAGAAUGAUAUCGAAAUAGUUUUACAAAAUCAACACUUCAUCUUGCAAGAAACAUAUUGA